CUGUGCUAGCACAAGGAGUCCACGGGAGGAUAUAGAAAUUCCGCCACGUUUGCAGCGCUUUACUAAGAUAUAUUCAUAGCUCAGGAUGAGCUGGAGCUUUCUAACCCGCCUUCUCGAAGAGAUCAACAACCACUCCACCUUUGUGGGGAAGGUAUGGCUCACGAUCCUGAUCAUUUUUCGGAUCGUGCUGACCGCUGUGGGUGGCGAGUCCAUCUACUAUGAUGAGCAGAGCAAGUUUGUGUGCAACACGCAUCAGCCCGGUUGCGAGAAUGUGUGCUACGAUGCUUUUGCGCCCUUGUCACAUGUCCGAUUCUGGGUCUUCCAGAUCAUCCUCAUCACAACCCCAUCCAUCAUGUACUUGGGCUUCGCCAUGCACCGCAUCGCCCGCCAGCCGGAGGAUUACCGGAGGCAGCUGGAAAGGGCUAAAAGCCAGAAGAAAAGGGCACCGGUGGUUCAUCGUGGGGCCAAACGGGAUUAUGAAGAAGCGGAAGAUGACAACGAAGAGGACCCCAUGAUCAGCGAGGAGCUGGUAACCGAAAAGGACGUUGAGGAUAAGGACAAAAAGAAGCACGAUGGGCGAAAGCGCAUUAAGCAGGACGGGCUGAUGAAGGUGUAUGUGCUGCAGCUGCUUUUCCGCUCAGUUCUUGAAGUCGGGUUCCUCUUUGGGCAGUAUAUUUUGUACGGCUUUGAAGUCAUGCCAUCGUACGUGUGCACAAGGAGCCCUUGUCCUCAUACUGUGGACUGCUUUGUGUCUCGUCCCACCGAGAAGACCAUCUUCCUUCUCAUCAUGUAUGCCGUCAGCUCCCUGUGCCUUUUGCUUAACCUGUGUGAGCUCUUCCACCUGGGCGUUGGUGGCAUUCGCGAUUCACUGCGACGGAGAAGCCGGGAUGCCGAUGAGGGCCAGUACUCUAAAAAGACCCCCAGUGCCCCACCUAACUACCAAUCUGUGCUCAAAAAAGGGAAGGUGCCCAACGGUAAGCUGUAUCCAGGGAAUGGUGGGUCUGAAGCCUUUGAGAUGCCAGUGACCCAUGAGCUGGACCAACUGCGUCGGCAUCUCAAGCUGGCCCAAGAACAACUGGACUUGGCCUUUCAAUUGAACAGCAUUGCCGGAACCGCCCAACAGUCACGGAGUAGCAGUCCAGAGGCUAACAGCAUGGCAGCAGAGCAGAACAGACUCAACUUUGCACAGGAGAAGGGUGGAGGAGUCUGUGAAAAAUCAGGUCUGUGAUAUUCGGCAGAUGGGGGCGGGAGGACGGGGGACUUGAAGCAUUGCCAAUCCUGAACGACAACUGGAAUUGAGUUACUAUGAGGGUCCUGACCCCUCCCUUCCCGGCCAGGAAACUCUGCGGAGGGUGAAGAAAAGGGAACGUCUAGGGGGAGCGCAGGUUAUGAAUAGCGCUCUGUUUUCCGACUGCGAAAGCUGCAUCGUGUUCUGGAAAGUUUAUCGAAAUAUUGCUGUUAAUCCCACUCCCUGCUGAUGGCUGAAGCAGAGCCACCGGCAGACCUAAAUGCUACUGGUUUACAAGGACGACCAGCCGCCCGCUUCCAGGAGCAGCAACAAGGGCUAUGGCUGGCACGCUCAUUAU